CAAGCCUGAGACUGAGACGGCAAAAGUGACUGAUGUCUGCCUGGAAUUCUUAGAUGGUGGUGUUAGACUAGCAAUCUUGAAUAGAUUCAGUGAUGUUGACACAGUUGGACUGACCCCUAGUAUCUUCUUAAAUGGAACGCAGUAUUCAAAGGGAAUAAUACUCUCUGUUGGAAGUACAAGUGGACUACCAGACUUCGGAAGGAUUUUGGAAAUAUGCAUUGUGCUGGCUGGUCAUGUUUGUUUCUUCAUUGAGCGUUUUACGACUUUCUACGUGGAGCAUUUGAGGAGUUACCAUCUCGUGAUAAAAAGCCCUGCUGAGUGUCUCUUGGUGAAACCAGAGGAUCUCAAUGACUACAUGCCACUUGUGUCCUACUUCAUCCAGGGGCGCCUGUUAGCCACUCCCAGAACCUUCUUGCUUUAAGGCUGCGGUAAGUUUGAGUGUGGGGGUAUCUGGGUAUAAGUCGUCACUGUUAUCCUGCAUAAUUAACCCUCUUGCAAUGUUUCCAAAUCUCUCUAGCAGCAAUCCAGGUGUUGGAUGUCCUGCAAAAUAACAUUUAACAGCCUGAUCCAAAAUAAUUAACCCUCUUGUGUUUUACAAAUCUUUCUAGGAGUAACCAUUAUUUUUGUAUGUAUACAGGGGAUGAAACCUUUUUCCUUCUCCAAUUUCAGGUUGAAGUGAUCCACGAUGCUGCUGCGAGUUGUCCUCUGUGAAACGGAUAUCAGACGCCUUUCCAUCGAAAACACCCCCCAGAGUGUUGAGGAACUGUGCGAGGUGUUGCGUGCAAACCUUUCCCUGAGAGGUGGGUUUAUUUUACAAUUUGAGGACCCUGCGUUCAAGGAUCAGCUGACCAACCUGACCGACAUUCGAGACCUUCCUGAGGAACGAGCAACAUUGAAAGUGUUGUUCACAGCUGAUGCAGCUCUCUCAGUUUCCACAUUGGAUACAGCCAGCCUUCCAUCUCUCAGUAGUGGGGAAUCUGACUCCCAGCAAUGGCCUGAUCCCUUCCCGAUUCCACAGUUCUCACAUGACGUUGAACUCACGCUGCAAGAAGCAAAUAGAAGAUAUGCAAAAGAUGGAUCUGUGAUGGUGAUUCCUAAAGGUAUGAAAACCGAUAUCCUGGACACACUUGCAGACAGCAUGUCAAAGAUUAGUCCUUAUCCUGAGAGGCAACACUACGAGAAUGUUGCAAAGGCGCUUGUGGAGAAGCAUCCCAGUCUCAAAGAGCCAGGUUCUGGAAAGGGUUGGUACGGCUGGUUCCACAGCCUGAAGUUUAAGCUCGGAAACUAUCGGCAGAAGUUAAGUGCAGCUGGAUGCCCAGAGGUGAGAGUCAACAAAAGAAUAGGAGAAGAAGCCAAGGGAUCACGUGUGAAGAAGUCAAAGAAGGGCGAGGUCCACUACUGUCCAGAUCCCCCUGAAGGACUGAGUGCUGAAGACAUGGAAGGGAAGCGGAGGAUGAUUGAGGUGGAAAUGCUGAAAAAGGACCUGGAUCAUCAACGGAUAGAGGAGCUGAUGUCUGCCACAUUCUCCAAGCGCAGAAAGGAGAUCGUAGGGGAUCAACCUCUCAUCGGGGAUGUCAUGACCAGAUGGCCGGCCAUGUUCUGUGAGAGACAGGUUCGGGCGGAGUUCAAAAGAAUCGUAAGCACAGACCUUCUUGAGUCAUUCCUCAACGGACUUGAUGACCUGGUACCAAGACUGCUUGAAGUGUACGAAGCUGUGACCAAGUCGGGGAAGAAGCCUGCACUGAAAGCCAUUUUAGACUGUGUGAAGAAAGAUAACACAAACGAAAGGAGAAGGACUGCUGCUCUACUGGGUCUGCCACACUACCUAUCCGAAGACCCAUCCGACAUCAUUAGGAUGUGUGAUGCCCAUGGUGAGAGUCUGGCUGCAGCCAUGAAGGGGAUGCAACUUGGCCUACUGAUAGGCUAUGAAGGUGACAACCAGGAUGCCUUUCCAGAGGUCUUCGAUGUGGCAGUUGUGGUUGAAGAAAACAUUGUGCUACACAACUUCAAGGAUGUGCCAUCCAGCUUCACCAUGCUUCUGGGGAUCAUCUACUGCGUUAACCUUGAGUAUCCACGAGCCAUGAAGUAUUCCUUUGAGUUCCUGCAGAAGGUAGUGAUGAAGAUCAAACCAGAUGAGGCCUCUGCCAGAGUCCACGGUGUCCGAAACAAGCUCCUGAGGUAUAAACUGUAAAGCAUGCCCCACUCGGGAAUGGAAUGGUAAUGCAAAAAAAAUGACGUGAUUUUGUGUUUUUGUUGUUUUACUGUUGUAGUGUACGUUCAUGCACGCAAAUGCCCAGAGUGGGAAACUAUUGUUGUAGUGUACGUUCAUGUUGUUUUACUGUUGUAGUGUACGUUCAUGCACGCAAAUGCCCAGAGUGGGAAACUACUGUUGUACUGUACAUUCACAAGCUUGUGUAGCUUUUAUUGG